GGAACUAGUGGUGGAAAAAAAAAAGUUAAAGUAAAAAUGGCUUCCUUGUCUUUGGAGUCUGCAGAACAAUCUGAGAACAGCCCAGACGAGCCGACGGCAUCGGAGAUCAAAGACGAAACAGAUGCAGUUAUAAUUACGGAAGAGUUGUUCAAAAGUUUCCAAAAGUCAGCUCUGAGUUUCUCCACCGACCAAAUAUCAUGUCUGUGCGAGGCCCUCCUGCAGGCGGGCAAUGUGGAUCGCCUGUGGAGAUUUCUAUCCACCAUACCUCCUUCGUCCGAGCUGCUACGUGGCAACGAGACCCUGCUGAAGGCCCAGGCACUGGUUGCGUUUCACCGGGAAGAAUUCAAGGAGCUGUACGCCUUGCUGGAGAGCCACGACUUCCACCCGUCUAACCAUGGGUUCCUGCAGGACCUGUACCUGAAAGCCCGCUACAAGGAGGCGGAGAGGUCCCGGGGCCGCAGCCUGGGCGCAGUGGACAAGUACCGGCUCAGAAAGAAGUUCCCCCUGCCCAAAACCAUCUGGGACGGAGAGGAGACCGUGUACUGCUUCAAAGAAAAGUCUCGCAAUGCCUUGAAAGAGUGCUACAAGAGCAACAGGUACCCCAAUCCGGACGAGAAGAAAAACCUGGCCAAAGUGACUGGACUGUCCCUCACACAGGUCAGCAACUGGUUCAAGAACCGCAGGCAGAGGGACAGGACCCCGUCCGGGACCCACAGCAAAAGUGAGUCUGAUGGGAACCACAGCUCUGACGACGAGGUGAGCCCCAUGGACGACACUCCUGAAAAACCAGAGGAGGCUUCUGGCUCCACUACCUCCAUCAUCUCUCUUUCCUCUGUCCCCUGCAGCGCGGGAGGCCAGCUGAUCCUCAACGGCUCGGGUGGCUUCCUCACGUCCUCUCAUCCGUUGCUUCUCAACGGAAACUCGCUCAUCUCCAGCAACGGCGCUGGUGUCAUCAUUAAUGGGCUGAGCUUGGCCGACUGCCAGACAGUCACGCUGAGUCCUGUUACUAACUCGCCUCUGAUACUGAACGGGGCUCAGGUCAUAACCAAACCUGCUGUCAGCGUGCAGCAGCAAACGGUGUCUAUGUCAGAAGAGGUUUCAGCCAUUGAUGCCAAUCUGAGCAGUCUUCCAGCUCUUGUUCUUAACAAUAACGCCACACCAGCCUCAAACCAUCCUUCCAUCAUCUCUCUUCCCCUCCAAACUAAGACAGGCAGCAACAAUGCAAUGGAUUUCACGACUGUCUCCAAAUCAGAGGACAGCAGCCAGACAGUAUCUUCCACCUCUUCAUCGUUAUCCCCCUCUUCACCAACUCUGUCUUCCCCAGCAAGUCUCCCCUCGCUGGCCUUAACUCAAAGCACCCAACAGCAGGAGUCACUCACCCUCCCAGCCUCAAUAUCCUCCAUUGAGCCUCUCUGCAGUCCACAACGGGAGUAUGUUAUCAUAGCAUGUUCCGCCUCCCAGUUGAACACUUCCAGCUCUGUGGUUGUUUCCAGCAGCUCCAUGCCUCAGGUCUUCUCUCCGCCCCAGGUUGUGCCUUCCAUCCAGGGGAUACCGGUAUCCCAGCUGGUGCAGCACUCCUCUGGAGCACAGGUGUCCCAGUGCCCCCAGUUGGUCCCGGUUUCCCCCCUUGCCUCGCCAACACCUUAUUUCCAAAGCCAGACAGUGAACACCGGCAGCAAACUGGUGCAGCACCAGCAGGAAGUGUCAACAUCAACUUCACUUGAAGGGGCCACAACCAUAGUCUCCAUCUCCCAGCUGCCGCAGAGAACAGCACACCAGCUGGGGAACCAAGCCACAAACUCGUCACCUGGCAAAGUCCAGGUCCCACAGGUUAUUUCUAUCUCUUCCCCUGUCCCAGUCCCCCAGACAAAAGCCAGCACACCAGCACAGUUAGUCUCCCUAUCUAUGCCCCAGCUGGUCCCAGUCUCCCCAAUCCAAACUUCAUCCACCAUUUCCUUCCCCCAAGUGGUUCCUGCCAGUCCUUCUCUCUCCAUCCCCUCUGCUGGAUUGCCACUACAGUUCCUGACCUCAGCACCUGCAGCUGCCGGGGUCCCACAGGGUCCUCUGAGGAUGAACCAGCUAAGGCCCAUCCAGGGUGUGGUUCCUCCAACCAGCAUGGCUCCUGGCGUGCAGCUCCUCAACUCUGGGAUCAUUCAGCUGCCCUCUGCUCCUCCAGGUAUCCUGAAUUCUUCAGGAAACCUUCUCCUUGGUGGAAGCCCUUACCUGAGUGUCCAGCAAGGCAAGCUGAUUUUGACCAUCCCAGCUGGCAUCCAGCUUACAAGUUUACCCCUGAAAACAGUCCCUGAGGCCUCACCCAUCUCUGUUAAUGGACUGAGUCCCAUCCUCACCACCUCCGCCCCCACGAUAACCUCCCAUCCCUUAACCACCUGUGCCCCGACCCCCGGCGUCCUCACAUCAUCUACGUUAAACUUCAUCAAUUCGUCUCCACCGUACUGUGCUUCUGACACUGGGACACCUGCCAACCCCUCCCCUCACACACUGGACCACUCAGUCACCUCCACAACUCUGAACACACUCACUCCAGAGAGCAUGCUAACCCUCAGCCCCAUGUACAGCGGAGUGACACCCACCAAUCAGCUCUCCCAACCAGCCUGGAGCCCCGUGACCCUCUCCACUUCAGCUGGUCUGACUCUGUUUGACAUGCGCGGCAAGGGGGACCUACCUGUAGACCCGGCUUUGUUAGGCCUACCUGGGGGAGAGUCGCUGCUGCUGGGAAGCCCCUCGUCAGAGCAGGAUGUGGACGCUAACUCUGCGCUUGGUAAUCCAGAGGGUAUAGAUGGAGACUCCAAGAUACUGACUCAGCUCCAGUCUGUCCCUGUGGACGAUGAGCUGGGCCUGUAGUCUGUUUACGUUGCUAGUUGGCAACCCAAUGUCUCCAAAAACGCAAAGCAUGAGACACAGUGAGUUACAGAAUCUGACGUUUUCUUAUGUAAGUGAUCUAAAGAUUUUCAACUUCUUUGAUCCGUGAAGACUCACAAAGUCUUUUCACAUGUGUGGGUUCUCUACUCUCAGCAGGGCCAUCGUGGUCUUAGCUGGCACUUUUAAGACAAACCCUUUGCAGCUGUACUUUACAUUAAUCAGGGGCUUACAUGUGAAGCCUCUGAGGUUUUUUUUUUUUUUUUUUAAACUAAAAGCCGUACUUGCCUUACUAGAUUUUUCAGACACAGACCGAAGACUUUACACAGAUUAUAUUGCUCUGACUUCUUACAGGUCCUGAUGUUAAAGACUACAGAAUAUAUAUAAAAAAAGAAAUAUGCCUCACAUCAUUUUUGCAGUUCUGAGCACAGCAGACCAAGCUAAGCUGUUAUUUACAAAUGAGACUGGUUUAGACCAGUGGUUCUCAACUGGUUGAGCCUCAGGACCCACCAACUACUCCUUCAUGAAAAAUAGCGACCCAAAUUUCUUAGAUUUUUCAAUCAUUCAGAUUUUUUUUUUUCAGGAAAACUGUGCAGUUUGGACCUCAGACGGUACAACGUGUGAUAGAACAAAGAAACUGAAGGAAACAAACUUGUUAAAAAAAAAAAAGUGCUUCUUGACUUUUUAACAGCAUUGUUCUUCCAAGCACACAUGAGCGACCCACGGAAAAUGGCCCCGCGAACCACUUUUGGUUCCCUACCCACCAGUUGAGAACCAAUGGUUUAGACUAUUUGACAAAGGCAGAGAUCUAGAUCUAUAUAAGUAUUGCUGUUAUCUCCUUCAUGUUCACAACCUGAACACAAUAAUGUAGCAACACUCCAGGAAUAAAGUGAAGACGAUAUUCUUCACAAAUAGAACUGAGGUAUGUGUAACCAUAGUGACAUAUAAACUUUAAAGCUACACAUCAGUGUUUUUAUCGCUACAAGUUACUGAAGUCUGGGUUAAAACAUGCACCCAAACUACAUUUUAUUAGAGAACUGUUUUAAAUGUCUUUAUCCCAAAAGUACCAACAAAACAGGAAAUCAAAGGGUCUCUACUCUAUGCAAUACAUGUUAGGUAUUUUAUAGGACAAUGUGUUUGUGAAAUGUGUGUAUUCUUGGGAGAUGAAAACUGAAGCAUGACACUAAAUGUUUGCUGUGAUCUCACGUAGUGAUGUUUGUAUCAUUGCAUCCAAAAUAUCUGUUUAUUAUUGUUAAGUGCCUUAUUUUAAAGCUUCCAAGUGUGUUUGGUUUUGAUCAAGUGUGAUUUUUUUUUUUUCUUCAUUUACACAUUUAAAAAAAAACAUUAACAUUUUUACACCUGACCAAAUUUUGACAUUAACUUUAUACCUGUUAUUGAAUGUCAACACUUUGUAUUCUCUGUUGAAACAUAAUGUGACUGUUCUGUUUGCAUGAUCAUAGAUCUGUCUUCUGUAUUUGUAUAUUUUGCACCUUUCAUUGACGAUGUUUACGCUGCCUCGCUGUGUCAUUUUAUGCCAGUGGUGGGACUCACAUUGAAAUCCCUCCUCCUUGGACCUUUUUAAGAGUCCUGAACACAAACGAUAACUCAGAAAACAGGACGCUGAUGUCCCGUAAAACACUCCUCAUCAUGCGAGCCCUCCACUGUCAUCACACAGGUAGAGGUUUAACUUUUGGCCAUUAACGGUACAUAAAAACUACACUUCAGUGCCGCAUCUAGUUAGAAUAGUGGCUUUUAUGUGUUUUUUUUUAUUCAUAUUUUUGUAUGUCUUUUUUGUACAUUUAAUCUAUUUAAAGCAUGCAUUUUCAAUCUAGUUUUAACUGCAAGAAGAUUGAUCCUUCUAGAAAAACACGUAUAGGAAGUACUUGGUAUUUUCACUUGGAAGGUCACAUUGUUGUUCAGUAUAGGUUUGAUAGUCUGAUGGCAGGUGUCAAAUCUAUUUUGAUGGGAAAAUGGUUGUACUGAAAUACAGUAGAUCACCCCCAGUGAAUACAUUUUACGGUCAUUUGUUCUUUGGGUAGUUUGUAAAAUGGCUUUGACAAAUCAAUAUUAGUCUCAAUUUAGCCAAUAUUUAAACGACUUAGGGGUAAAGGGAAAUGUGUCCAAUAUGUAAAUGAAAGUAGCCUUUGUUUAUUUGAGCCAUUUCAUACCAAAGUUUGUUGACCUUCAAGCCUCUGUGGGCUUACGCACAUUUAUACCUGUUUGUUUGUACCCGGGGGUUGUGUCUUUUUACUCCCCCCCCUACCUGAUACAUAAACGUCUCCAGAUAUCACCAAAGAUAAUGUUUGUUGUUCGACUUUUUGACAGUUUUGAAAGGGAUCAUUUGUGUUUGUCAUUCAAGAUCUUGUUUCUCAUUUUUGUAUUCAAAUGCAUUCUAUUUUUUAUAUUUCAUAAUAUUGUAAUAAACUACAUUUACAAAA